UUUCAGGAACUGCGAUGUCGCUUUUGAUAUAGAAAUCCAGAUGAUGAACAACACCAACGAACAAAAUUUCACGGAGGUCAUCGAUCCGAUCAAAACUGUUGCUCAUCUUACAUGGUGUCUGACCGCACUUAUUGGCAUUCCUGCCAAUCUUUUUGUGCUGGCCGCUAUUGUGUACUUCCGUGAUAUGAGAACAAUAUCUAACAUCUACAUAUUCAACCUUGCCGUUGCGGAUCUCCUCUUCCUCUGUGGCAUUCCAGUGUCCCUAUUUGCCCAGUCGUCUCAUGAUGGUUGGAUAUGGGGACCAAUAAUGUGUAAACUGUACAUAUCUGGAAAUGCAGUAUCGCAGUUUGCCUCUGCCGUCUUUAUUGCAAUACUCUCGUUCGACAGAUAUCUGGCGGUCUGUCGCCCGAUUCAGUCGAAAUCGUUCCGAACAACACAGGCGGCAUUUGCAUUGUCUGUGGCUGCAUGGAUAAUGGUCAUUCUGGAAAUGACACCGUUGUUCCUGUUUGUCAAGCUGAUCAAAUCUUCUUCGGCUGGCGAGGCCAGGGGAGGAAGCUGCAUGCUAUUUGUUGGAAACGUCACUGUACUCGAGUCAGCAACCGAAAUGAAUGAAACAUUGCUUAAUGAGAUCGAGCAGAACAUGCUGGCUUCUAGAAGAUUCUUCAUCAGUUAUACAUUUGCCCUUUCGUAUCUGAUACCAUUAGUUGCCGUCUGGUAUUUUUAUUUCAAAAUAAUAUUGAAAAUGUGUCAAAGAAAACGACAAAUGCAAACUAAAAGAACGGCUACCAAGAAACGAACUACCAAGGUAACCAUAAUGGGGCUAGCCAUUGUCAUCUCCUACACCCACUGCUGGCUUCCGUUUUGGAUUGUUCAAUGGUCGAUUGAAGCAAAUCUAUUCGAAAAAAGCAAGUACCUGCUUUUUUGCUGCACACACUUUGCAUUUGCCCUUCAGUACAUCAACUCUGCUGCGAACCCGUUCCUCUACGUUUUUCUCUCAGAUUCUUUCCAGAAAAAUAUUCAAAAGCUAUUACGAACUGCCAAACCGGAUAAGCAGAUCAUGCUCAAAAACUCCACUGAUCCGCAGGACACCAGUAAAAUGCUAAACGUCACAAAUAAUCCGUUGUACUCAUCAGCAACCAAUUCUCAUUACAGUAGCUGCUGAAGAUGUCAGAGCCACAGUUUUAUAUUAGGGUUAACUUUUGGGUAUACUUCUGGAUCUUCUAAUAUGUGACACCUAGUCAGUUCCAAUGCCAUGACCUUGCAUAGCCUGAAUUGUAACCGGCAGUACCAAAAUAUUUCACAAGUAUAAAUUAAAUCUCUUCACACAACGCAUAUAAACCUUGCAUUCUUGUACAUUGAACUUACUUGGAAUAUAUCACUGGUCCCACUCUAAUACACUGUUUAUAUAAAAAAUAUUGAUUUUUGAAAUGUACAUUUUAAUGUACAUUAUUUAUUUUUGAAGAAUUAAUUGAAUAAAUUAUUUUCGAAUUAAC